AUGAAUAAGGAGACCAUCACUGAGGUGGGCGUUGAUCAACGAUCCAGCGAUGAUUACAACAGUGCCGAGAAGGGUUGCUUUGAACAGGUUGACUUGCACAACAAUGUUUCCGCCAAAAUCAAGAACCCAUUGGCCGACUUGACAAAGAGCCAGUUGCUUCGAGGCGUCGAGGAGUUUGCCCAAGAAUACAACGUAACUGCUAUCCUGCCCGAGUUGAAGAAGGGAGCACUGGUUGCCCGUGAUCCUACCGAGUUCGAGACCGUCUCAGACUUGACCGAGGCUGAGCGCACUGCGCUGCGCGAUGAAGUGGAUCACAAAUGGCGCCAGCCCAAAGCACUCUACUUCACUAUCAUCCUUUGCUCCAUUGGUGCAGCUGUGCAAGGAUGGGAUCAAACCGGCUCCAAUGGUGCUAAUUUGUCAUUCCCCGAUGCUUUUGGUAUUUCAGAUGACCCAGCGAAGAGUGAUCAGGCUGAUCGAAACCUGUGGCUCGUCGGCAUCGUCAACGCUGCCCCUUAUAUUGCCAGUGCCCUCCUCGGCUGCUGGCUGUCGGACCCCUGCAACCGGUUCCUUGGUCGCCGCGGCACAAUCUUCGCCUCGUCCAUCUUUUGCGUUUUGACCCCCAUUGGCUCUGCAGUGGCUCAGACCUGGGUUCAGCUCUUCGUGGUUCGUCUCCUCCUCGGUAUUGGAAUGGGCCUGAAGGCCUCGACGAUUCCCAUAUUUUGCGCUGAGAAUACUCCUGCUGUGAUCCGCGGUGGCCUGGUCAUGUCCUGGCAGCUCUGGACCGCUUUUGGCAUUUUCCUCGGUUUCAGCGCCAACCUCGCUGUUAAGGACACUGGCGCAAUCUCCUGGAGGCUGCAACUUGGAUCUGCCUUCAUUCCUGCUAUUCCCCUGCUCUUUGGUAUUUACUACUGCCCAGAGUCACCUCGCUGGUACAUCCGCCGCGGAGAGAUGAGCAAGGCCUACCAAUCUCUCUGCCGUCUCCGCAACACCCCUCUGCAGGCUGCUCGCGAUCUGUACUACAUUCACGCUCAGAUUAAGAUCGAGUCUAGCCUGAUUGGUCAGGGUAACUAUGUCACCCGCUUUGUCGAGCUCUUCACUAUUCCUCGCGUUCGCCGGGCUACUCUUGCUUCGUUCGUUGUCAUGAUCGCACAGCAGAUGUGUGGUAUUAAUAUCGUCGCUUUCUACUCGUCAACCGUGUUCAAGAAUGCCGGUGCAAAUGACACAGAGGCUCUGUUCGCUUCCUGGGGCUUUGGCUUGGUCAACUUCAUUUUCGCUUUCCCUGCUAUUUGGACUAUCGAUACAUACGGCCGUCGAACCCUCUUGUUGUUUACUUUCCCGCAGAUGGCAUGGACUUUGCUUGGUGCUGCAUUCUGCUUCUGGACCCCGGAAGGCACGGGCCAUUUGGCCUCGAUUGCUUUCUUUAUUUUCUUGUUUGCUGCAUUCUACUCGCCUGGUGAAGGCCCCGUGCCGUUUACUUACUCGGCCGAAGUAUUCCCACUUUCUCAUCGAGAGGUUGGCAUGUCCUGGGCGGUGGCAACCUGCCUAGGGUGGGCUGCGGUGCUUUCCAUUACUUUCCCGAAGAUGUUGAGCGCAAUGACUCCUACCGGAGCCUUUGGUUUCUAUGCUGGCCUGAACGUGACUGCCCUAGUCAUGAUCUUCCUCUGGGUUCCUGAGACCAAACAGCGCACCCUUGAAGAACUGGAUUACAUCUUCGCAGUUCCAACUCGCGUUCAUAUGAAGUACCAGGUCACCAAGGCACUGCCAUAUUGGUUCAGGCGCUAUAUCUUCCGCCAGAAUGUGGUGUUGGAGCCUCUGUACCAGUUUCACACCAUCACUGGUGGGGGUGAGGCUGAAAUCACAUUCACGCCACAGAAGGAGGGUCUCACAUUGACUGGUUGA